AUGUGGGCUUCUACCCUGCCGGGCGACAGGCGCCGUCAUCGGGAUGAGCAUGGAGGCCAGCUGAAUCCAUGGCAUCUGAAUUACGCGGGCAACCAAAACCCUAACAGAGCCCAUGAGCCGGAAGAAAGCGACGAGACAGCGGUCCCCACUCCUGAGGGUGGGGAUCAGGACAAUCUCAACAGCACAUGGGGUGAACGAGAUGUCGGGAUACCCAGCCACGCCAUGUCCAUGAGGGACUAUGAGACACUAAGGCGCGAAUUGACAACACUAUCACGGACCAGAUCACAGCGGAGGCCUGACGAGAACGGCCUCUUCCAGACCAUCAGCGGUCGCAGUGGGAGAAGUGCCCGUAAAGUAGACACAAGACGAUCCCGCCGCUCGGACCGCGCGCCGUCGGCAGCUGGAGAGCUAGAAGUUGAAGAGGAUCUGGAGGCCGCUGCCGUAGAAGACAAGGAGGAAGAAUUCGAGCUGGACCAGUUCAUGCGGGAAGGCCACUUCGAAAAGCGCACAGAAGGCCGCUCAGCGAAGAAGGUUGGCGUGGUCUGGAAGAAUCUGACGGUAAAAGGCACAGGCUCUACAGCCACCUUUGUUAAAACCUUACCGGAUGCAGUUCUAGGUACCUUUGGUCCCGAUCUUUACAGGAUAAUAUCCAACUUCAUCCCCGCAUUGAAAAUCGGCAAGCAUAAGCAGACACGCACGCUUAUCGAUAACUUUGCCGGGGUUCUCAAGGAUGGGGAGAUGCUGCUUGUGCUUGGACGGCCAGGAGCUGGUUGUUCGACGUUUCUCAAGACCAUCGCAAACAACCGCGAGACCUUUGCCGAAGUUACUGGAGACGUCUCGUACGGAGGCAUAUCCGCAGAGAAGCAAAAAAAGCAGUACCGUGGCGAAGUCAACUACAAUCCCGAGGACGACAAGCACUUCGCAUCCCUCAAUGUCUGGCAAACACUCAGGUUCUCCCUUCUGAACAAGACAAAGAAACGUGACAAGGCCGGAAUUCCAGUCAUCAUCGAUGCGCUGCUCAAGAUGUUCGGCAUCUCUCACACAAAGUACACCCUAGUGGGCGACGAGAUGGUUCGCGGCGUUAGCGGCGGAGAGCGGAAGCGCGUCAGCAUUGCUGAGACCCUCGCUGCCAAGUCUACCGUGGUGUGCUGGGAUAACUCUACGCGUGGUUUGGACUCCUCUACUGCUCUGGAUUACGCCAAAUCACUCCGCAUCAUGACCGACAUCAGCAAUAGGACCACGAUCACCACACUCUACCAAGCUGGUGAGGGCAUCUACGAGCUGAUGGACAAGGUGCUCGUCAUCGACGCUGGAAAAUGCGUCUUUUACGGUCCCACUGAGGACGCCAAACAGUACUUUACAGAGCUUGGGUACUACUGCCCCGAAAGGCAGACGACUCCCGACUUCUUGACUUCCGUAACAGAUCCAGGCGAGCGUCGCUUCAGGGAGGGUUACGAGGCGAAAGCACCGAAAGGUCCUGAGGAGCUUGAGAAAGCGUUCAGGUCGUCCUCCAACUAUCAAAAGGUUCUCGAGGAAGUUGAGGCUUAUGACCGUGAGAUCAAGGAGAGCGACUACGCGGAUGCGAAGGAGUUUGAGCGAACGGCGCAAGAACAGAAGAGCCAUAGAACCGUCCGCCCGAAAUCCCCGUACACCGUCAGCUUUCCACGGCAGGUGUGGGCUUGUACGCUCCGCGAAUUCUGGUUGAUCUUUGGAGACCGGACCACUUUGAUCACCAAGUUUUUCAUCAUCAUUAGCAACGGUCUCAUUGUCGGUAGUCUCUUCUACGGUCAACCUCUAACUACCGAAGGAGCCUUCACUCGAGGCGGUUCUUUGUUCUUCUCAAUUCUGUUCCUCGGCUGGUUACAGUUGUCCGAGCUGAUGAAAGCUGUCAGCGGCCGCGAAGUAGUCUUGCGCCAUAAGGACUACGCUUUCUACCGACCAUCUGCGGUAAGCAUCGCACGAGUGGUAACCGACCUUCCGAUGCUUUUCAUCCAGGUCGUUAUCUUCUCAAUCAUCAUGUACUUCAUGACCAAUCUCGACAUCGAUGUGUCGAAAUUCUGGAUCUACUUGCUCUUCGUGUACACCACAACGAUAUGCAUCACGGCACUCUACCGGAUGUUCGCGGCUCUUUCGCCUGAAAUCGACACAGCUGUGCGCUUCAGUGGCAUCGCACUCAACCUGCUGAUCAUAUACACCGGAUACGUUAUUCCAAAACCUCAGCUGCUGAACCAAUACAUCUGGUUUGGCUGGCUCUACUACGUCAAUCCGGUCGCCUACUCAUUCGAGGCCGUCCUGACAAACGAGUUCUCCGAUCGGGUCAUGGAAUGCGCGCCUUCACAGCUCGUACCGCAAGGCCCCGGCGUCGAUCCCGCGUAUCAGGGUUGCGCUCUCAGUGGAGCGCCAGUGAACUCCCAGGUUGUCCCAGGUGCAGAAUAUCUUGACACGACCUUCCAAUACAGUCGCUCUAACUUAUGGAGGAACUUUGGUGUCGUCAUCGCUUUCACCGUCCUCUAUAUCGUAAUCACUGCUGUUGCGACGGAGGUGUUUUCCUUUGCAGCAGGUGGGGGAGGCGCCUUGAUCUUCAAGAAGACGAAAAAGGCCAAGGCAGCCGUGAAGACCGAGCCAGUAGAUGAGGAAAAGGCGGUCCCCAAUGGGAACCUGAGUUCACAGAGUAGCGACACCUUGGACGGUCAAGCCGAAGAAGAGGCAUUGGAGGAGAUCUCAAACAGCGACAGCGUGUUCACUUGGAAGGAUGUCGAGUACACGGUGCCCUAUCGAGGUGGCGAGCGGAAGCUGUUGAACAAAGUCAGCGGAUACGCGAAGCCUGGUGUGAUGGUUGCUUUGGUUGGUGCCUCCGGCGCCGGUAAGACCACGCUGCUUAACACACUCGCUCAGCGUCAAUCGACCGGCGUUGUCAGCGGCGACAUGCUUGUCGAUGGCAAGCCUUUGGGCGCCGACUUUCAGCGCCGCACCGGCUUCUGUGAGCAAAUGGACUUGCAUGAUGGGACUGCAACUAUCAGAGAAGCGUUCGAGUUCUCCGCAAUCCUACGACAACCAAAGGAUGUUCCCCGUCAAGAGAAGCUUGAUUACGUUGACAAGAUUAUUGACCUGCUAGAACUUAGAGACAUGCAAGAUGCUCUCGUGAGCAGCCUCGGCGUUGAGCAAAAGAAGCGCGUCACUAUCGGAGUAGAACUUGCGGCGAAACCGUCCCUGCUACUCUUCCUAGACGAGCCGACCAGCGGCCUGGACUCCAAUUCUGCGUACUCCAUCGUCAGAUUCCUCAAGAAGCUUGCGUCAGCCGGACAAGCUAUCGUCUGUACCAUACACCAGCCUAGCUCGAUCCUAAUCCAGCAGUUUGAUAGCAUCCUAGCGCUAAAUCCAAGAGGAAACACUUUCUACUUUGGACCUGUCGGCGAGAAUGGCAAAGAUGUCAUCAAGUAUUUCGCCGACCGAGGUGUGCAGUGUCCACCUAAUAAAAACGUCGCGGAGUUCAUUCUAGAAACCGCUGCUAAGUCUCCAAGAGGCAAGGACGGGAGGCGCAUCGACUGGAACACCGAAUGGAAGAACUCUGAAAUGAACAAGCAAGUCCUAGCGGAGAUUGAUCGCAUCCGCAGCGAGCGCGGCACGAAGACCAAUGAGAACGGCCAGCAAGAGGAUCCUACAGAGUUCGCCGCUCCUAUCUGGCUGCAGACUACCAUGCUCACUAAGCGCAUCUUCACUCAGUAUUGGCGCGAUCCAUCCUACCUCUACGGCAAGCUGUUCGUUAGCGUAAUCAUCGGCAUCUUUAACGGCUUCACCUUCUACCAGCUGGGCAACUCAGUGCAGGACUUUCAGAAUCGUUUGUUCACGGCUUUCCUGAUAGUUGUCUUCCCUCCCACCAUCGUCAACGCCGUCGUCCCCAAGUUCUACACCAACAUGUCGCUCUGGCAGGCCCGCGAGCUGCCGAGCAGGAUCUACGGCUGGUUCGCCUUCGCAACCGCACAGAUCCUCGGCGAGAUCCCCAUCACUAUAGUGGGUGCAGUCAUCUACUGGCUGCUGUGGUACUAUCCUGCAGGCCUCCCCACCGACUCCUCGACCGCUGGCUACGUCUUCCUGAUGACGCUGCUCUUCUUCCUCUUCCAGGCUAGCUGGGGCCAAUGGAUCUGCGCCUUCGCGCCGUCCUUCACCGUCAUCUCCAACGUCCUCCCCUUCUUCUUCGUAAUGUUCGGCCUCUUCAACGGCAUCGUCCGCCCCUACGCCUCUAUGCCCGCCUUCUGGCGCUACUGGCUCUACUACCUGAUCCCCUCCACCUACUGGAUCGGCGGCGUCGUCUCUGCCACUUUGCAGGGCGUCCCGGUCCGCUGUCUGCCCACCGAAACCGCGCGCUUCGACGUCCCGCCCGGCGCCGGCACCUGCGCCGACUACGCUGGCGGCUUCGUCAGCCAAACCCAGGGCUACCUGAUGAAUCCGGAUGCGACGGCGGGCUGCAUGUAUUGUCCGUAUAGUACGGGAGAGGAGUACAUGGCUACACUGAAUGUGAGCCCGGGGGAUAAGUGGCCGUAUAUGGCGAUCUUUGCGGCGUUUUGUGUUAGUAAUUGGGCGCUGGUGUAUUUCUUUGUCUGGUCGGUUAGGAUCAAGGGGUGGAGUUUUGGGUUCGGGUACAUCGCGAAGGGGUGGGAAAAGGUUAAGGGAGCUUUGAAGGCGAGGAAGGGAAAAGGGAGUGCAUAA